UACUCUUAUAAAAACAACAACAAGAAAACAAAAACACACAACGCAACAUGCAACGCGGCAGCAGUGAAGAGCGCAUUGCCAGCGCCAACUCAAGCCCUCGCCAUUCAAAUAAAUCAGCAGGUUCUGGCCUUUUUGGCCUACUUAGCAAACGUUCCACAAAAGUUGAACCACAUCCAAGUGUUGAAGUGGAGCAAAACAACAGCCGAACAGCCACUACCAAUAGUGGGAGCACUCACCACAAUCACAUGAGCACUUCUUGUGAUGGUGGCAUUGGGCAUGACACCUCAUUUGCCAAGUGCAACUCGGAGAAGAAAUCACCCUCACUGUUGAAUGAGGUUAAUCAUGUGGCGAAUAAAUCCAAGAGUCACACACUACCGAAUAAUGUCACCCCGGGGGAUAUGAUGAAAGAUGCAGCGAACAUGGAAAAGUCUUACAGCAGUGGUAUUAUCAAUUUGCACCGCAAGGUGAAGGCUGGGAAGAACAAAAGUCACAUUCAUCGUCACAGCACAGAUGGUUCGCAGAGUGAUGGUGGCACCACAGAUGUGGUACUGAGGAAGGCACCCAAACAUCGCUCACCCAAUCACAAUAGGUUUAGUCAUCAGUUUAGUUUAUGCUGCAAGGCGGAGAAGAAACCGGCAACACCCCCGGUAACAGUGCGCUACAAUUCCAUUCCAGAUGCAGGACAAGUUGUUGGGCGUAAGGACAAUAUGUCAUUGAGUUGGACCACAGCAGAUAAUACAUCGUUGUCCUUGAAUUCGUCGAUACUAAAUCCAAAUGGUAGUCUACAGCCGCCAGGGGGUUUGGCAACGAGUGCCAAUUUAACUGAAUGUGCCAGUGCUCCUCAGAGUCCGGUUACCGGCAAACCCAUGACAUUUCCUUUGGUCGACAGCUCAUAUGGUUCGCCAUCCAAUUCUUCCUUACGUAGUAAUUUAAGUGAUACUCCAAAUGGGACUGGUGCAGUGGCAAAUGGUCCGAUCAGGCCAAUUGCUGUACAGGCAUGUAGAUCUCGUUUGAGGCUAAAAUUAUAUCCUCCUGGUAAGGAAUUGCCACCAUUUGGAGCUGGAUUUUUACCGACAGAGGAUAGCAAAGUAUCGGCUAUAAAAAGGGCCACUACACCCCAGCACAUGUCAUCGCCAAAUAUUGCCACCCAACCCGAACCCGCAUUUACCACUGAGGAAGCAGAGAACCAGGCCAUACGAUUUAUGUCGCAGGAUAAUAUGCAAUUGGAAAGGCAGGGGUCCAGCACAGGAUUGGCGCGGCAGGCCCUAAUGGCAGCUCAAGUACUAAGUUUAAUACCCACAGAGAAGGCUAGGGAAAGGAGUUAUUUGGAUGGCCGUUUGGGAUCCUCUUCCUUGCUGGGGCCAAGUGAAUUGAAUAAAGUGUUGCCCACUAAGGAGGUGACAAUAUUUGUGGGUACCUGGAACAUGAAUGGGCAAAGCCCACCCAAGGAAUUGAAUGACUUUGUGUUACCCUCAAAUGUUGAACAUGUCCCAGAUAUUGUGGCAAUUGGCACCCAGGAAUCUAGUCCAGAUCGUUUUGAAUGGGAAGUCACCAUACAAGAGACACUUGGCCCAUCCCACGUACUAUUUCACUCCACCACAUUGGGCACACUCCAUUUGGCGGUGUAUAUGCGACGAGAUUUAAUUUGGUAUUGUUCGGCACCCGAAGAUGCCAGUUUGUCGGUGAGAACCGGUUCAGCAUUUCGUACAAAGGGCGCCGUGGCAAUAUCAUUUUGUCUAUUUGGUACAUCAAUGCUUUUCGUUACCUCGCAUUUAACGGCUCAUCAGCAGAAGGUUAAGGAACGUGUUUCGGAUGUUAAGCGUAUCAUUCAUGCAUUGGAUUUACCUAAGAAUCUCAAUUUACGUCACAAAAAUAAGGAUGUGACACAGAAUUUUGAUAAUGUUUUCUGGUGUGGUGAUCUCAAUUUUCGUUUGGGCGAACCAAGGGAAAAGUUAUUGGAAUGGAUACAGAAUACGAAAUUCCCCUUGCCAUCCCAUUUGCCACAUGGUUACAUGCAUACGGAUCAGUUGUCGUCGGUGUUGGCAGAUGGUGCGGCAUUUCGUGGAUUUAUGGAGGCAAAUAUUACUUUUCCACCCACCUAUAAGUAUGAUCCUGGCACACAACAUUUUGAUACAUCUUCCAAACAACGGGCUCCGGCCUAUACCGAUCGAAUACUCUAUAAAUAUCGUCAAGCUCAGGGUUUAAUGAUGCGACGACAGAGUACUGUACCCGGUUUACCAUCACCGACACCACCCUUUGUACAGUGUUUACUGUACGAUUCAGUACCGUCCAUUGUAACCUCCGAUCAUAAACCGGUGUGGGCAUUAUUUAAGACAUUAAUUAGGGCGGGUACAGAUUCCAUUCCAUUGGCAGCUGGUCUCUUCUGUCGUGAUAUUUACCUAGAGGGUAUGAAACGUAGACUUAAUAAUCAAUAUAGCGGCUCUUCGGCUGUUUGUUCUAUACAGUAAUGGCAAUAAUACUAAUAAUUACGUACGCACA